AACGCUACCUCUCUCUCCUGCAUGCAUGCUUUUACUCUAAUAAAGUGCCUCAGGCUGCCUGAUUCUAAAUUCAAAGGUGUGGUCAAUUUUUUCCACAACAAUUUGGGGGCUCGUCCGGGAUCCACAGAUGACAUCCCUGGAUCGGAGGACCGCGGGCGGUUCCCUUCCAGACCCCGGGCCCAUCUAACAGAUUUAUCCAUUCACAGGUUACAGACGCCCUACCUGAACCUGCAGAUACUGCAUGCCACCCAUUGCAGCCCGGUGAUUGGGUCUACCUUAAAGUGCACCAACGGAAAUCCUCCCUGGAACCUCGGUGGAAGGGCCCUCACCAGGUGCUGUUGGUUACUCACACGGCGGUCAAGUGCCAAGGAUACCCACGUUGGGUCCACGCCUCUCACUGCAAAAAGGUUGCCCCACCUUUGGAUCCCACUACGGCACCCUUCGUUCCUAAGGUUCAAAAUCAAGUCACUAAAAAGGACUAUAAUCCAGUAGGAAAUUCUUUAACACCUAAGCCCCAGGACGAGGAGCCAAGAUAUAAUCUCAGGAAAAGACUUUAACGGAGAACUAGGAAAAGACUUAUUUCCAAUCUGUUAAGAGACUCAUUGCAAUGGCUGAUCCAAGAGCAAAGAUCAAAGAAUCAGCCAUGGUGCGAAAGUGGCUUAUGCCGUCCCUUUGGUUUAUUUGUGUAACUAUGUUUUUUUUAUUGCUUUUGAAUCUUCAUGAUACCCUUAUGUUUUUUUGGAUGUCAGGGAAAGUUAAUGCACCCGUUACCCCGAUCCCUAUAACAUCUUUAAGUCCCCCCUUACGAAAGACCAAACCGAUCUUGUACAAAACAAAACCAACCCCACCCACGAAGCCAUGUCCAGCCCCAGUAAAGAAAAGGCUGGCGCGGUCGGCUGAGGUGAGGAAGAGAAUUACACCUUUGACCAUGAAAGAUAUAGAGAAUUGGCCCUGGUAUAAAAGACGCAAUAUAGUCCACUGGCAGGGGGGAACAUGUGGAAUAUAUUCUUGGGAAUGUGGUACCGAAUGGCUGGCAGGAUUUAUCCCACAAGCUGCACAUUGUACUAAGGGCCAAGUACCAUACCCAUGUCAAACUAUUCCCUACUUGUUAUCGGAACCUAAUCCUUCCUUUUCAACAGCCCCAACAAGACAAAUUGUUCCUACCCUCCAUCCCCGCCCCCACCAAGAAAACAACAUGACCUUUGACGAUUUUACAUGGCCUAGGCCCUCUUCUAUUAGCAAUUUAUUUUCUUAUUGUUCAACCAAAUUAAUUUUUUUUGCUCAAGGCCACCUUUACCAGCGGGUAAUGGAGUGGGAACCUUUGGGAACUGUACGUGUUCAUUCUAUUAACGUUUCUGUUUAUUAUAAUACCACACCCACAAAAACCGUUUCCUUUAUGCAACAGUGGGGAAAGGAUACAGAUGCAAUGUUAUUCCCUGGCCUGUGUCAAACCCUUAAUACCCAGGGUACCUUUUGUUUCCUAAUCACCCAGGUGACAGUAGAUGCUGUAACCACCCAUAGACGAUGUUCCAUGCAAACCAACUUUUUGUGCAAAGAAACUUUCCCUCUCACUGAAAAUAUUACAUGUACUCUUGUUCAAUUUACCCCUACACAUACUGUUAACGAGACCAUAUCUAAGCAGGGUGUACAAGUCCACCCCCAACAGUUGUGGUAUGAACCUUUGGAAACUACUGAUCCCAAGGGAUUUAAAUGGACUAUACUUAACGCCACAUUAGGGACUAUUAGGUUUAUAUUGCCUUUGACUCAUUUUCAAAUUGCCACCAUUUAUCCUAAUUGUACCCGGGGGGCGGCCAUCCCACUAGUAUUACAACGUGUUUGGAUCCAUAAGUCUAGGAAAGGAGGAUCUUCCUAA